AUGGGUAAUCCGGGCUCCGGUUCCGGGCUAGGGAAAGCUCCAGAGCGAAAGGGAUCUGUCCAACGCGCGAGGCAAAUGUUGGAAGCGGGUAAACGUCCAAGAGCGCAGGAACCCGAACCAGGCAAGGACCGACGCGAUGUACGCUCGGUUGGUUCGAAAGCCUCGCAUAUGACACAAUGGCCCUUGCCGGAUAAUAAUACAAUGCCUGGAAACUUCCUUGAUCCCCAAGCCAGUCUUGUUCCGAGAGGACCCCCACCGCGCCGUCCGCCUCGUCCAGACGCACCGUCACCGUCCAUAUAUUCAGAAAGAAGCGCUCCAGGAUCCGCACCCAGUCCACUUCAUUUCAGACAGCCUCGUCAAUCAUUCUCACAGCCUUUGCCGUAUCAAAACCCUAACCGAAUUCCACCCCGGGAUACGCCGUCACCAUCAGGACAGAGUACUCCCCGCGUAUCUAUUUUCAACGAGGAUCUCUCAGAUAUUGCUUCGGUCUCUUCCAUUCCCGAUUAUCCUCCUCCCCCGAAACAAGGCAGGACUGCCGGUCUGGUGCCGGCCCCACCAAACACGUUUCGAAAUACUUUUGGUCGCAGAUCAUCCGUGUCUCCAAUCCCGGAGGAGCUUACGAACAGUCCAUCGAACGUGGACGACUCGUAUGCCUCGAGUAGGGCCGUGCCUUCUGACUACGGUUCUCCAACUCGCGAGUCCGAAAUUCUUGGAACGUAUCUAGAUGACGAGUCUGAUGAUUGCCAGGAAGCUAAAAAACCCGUCGAAGAGAAUGGUGAAGGGCUAGUGAGGAGUGCGAGCGUCGGUACAAGAGGUAAACCGUCCCUUCGCGUGAUCCGAAAACCCAGUGCAGAGUCUCCUGCGCCUCCAGGUGGUCAGCUUAAAGCACUUGAAGCAAAUAAUAUCGGACGAGCCCUAUCUGGAACGCCUGCGGAUGAAGAGUUGAGAGCACCAGUUCCCAGUCCAAAGGAAUCGUGCUCUAGCCUAUCGGAUCGCUCCUACGAAUUCGACCUCGAAAAAGGAGCAUUCGUCUUGGAUAUCGGCCAGCCACAUCCCGCGUUUCAACACGACCCGGAAAAUCAAACGGGAUUACCCAGAGCUGUGCCCACAAUGAGCGACAAAAGGCCAGGCGCUCGUAGGCCUCCGCGUCUGGACAUGGAUGCUGUUCGCGAUGCCCAGGCUCGGGGCAGUCUAACAAGCUUGCCUGAUUUGAUUCGGCGGGCAACCAAACUCGCAACUCAUUUAGAUCAUGGGAGAACGGAAAGUAGGAGUGAUAACUUGAGUAGCAGCAACGAUUCCCGGAGUCUACCAUGGAACCGUCAACGCAACUCUGGCUCUCUGCAGGAUACUCUAGAAAAUUUCCCUCCUCCUCCACGACGAAACACACAGGGAUAUUCAUCUUGGCCCAUGUUCUUGAGACGGUCAACAUUGCACAACAUAGAGACUCUAAACUCGCAAUCUGACCACGGCGAAACCGAGGAGAAACCAGCAAAAAAAUCACGUCGCUGCUGCGGAAUGCCCCUCUGGCUAUUCAUCCUAAUCUGCGUCGCAGUCAUCAUUAUCAUAACCCUCGCCGUCCUCCUCCCUGUCUUCCUCGUCGCAGUACCCAAUGAAAAAGUGAGUAAGGAAUCAACAUGUGAAACAUCUCACCCCUGCAAAAACGGCGGUGUUAGCGUCUCCAAUGGGCCAGUUUGUUCUUGCGUCUGUACAAACGGGUAUACGGGGUCUCAGUGUACUAUCGCGGGUGACAGUAGCUGUACCACGACUGAUAUCGACGGAGGUUCGACGUCAAAUACCGCGACGAUGGGCAGUGAUUUGCCGCAGUUAUUCCAGGACUCCCAAGAAACAUUCAAUAUUCGCCUUGAUCCGGUUACCAUUAUGGCUCUUUUCAGCAAGAAUAAUGUCUCAUGCACGACGCAAAAUGAGCUCGUAUCGAUCAGUGAUAUUUCGGUUUCGAGCAAGGCUCGUCGGUUCCUCCCUAUGCAAUUGGAUGACCUACCAUCACAAACACUCGCUGCUCGAGACACUGUCGCGACAAUGAACGGUAUCGUCUUCGACGACUCCUCUCCAACAGCCGAGUCCUUACCCACUGCUACUGAUAUAAGCACCGCGUCGCCACCGCCCCACGAGACGUCAACAACAACAACAUCAUCAUCAUUAUCUGAAACAUCAACCACCUCAUCACCAACAAAUACAGUAUCAACUACCAACCCAACUACCUCUUCUGCAUCCACAUCCACAUCAGCAGCAACGUCCACAGCCACAGCGACCAGCGUGCCACGGAAAGCCCUCACAUUCUCCCAAGUCGCAAUCCUCUACAUCUUCGAGAUGACAGGCACGCUUAACGCAGCGAUCCAAUCAGAAGAAGACAUCCGACACUAUCUGAAUAGUACAUACUUGACGUCAGGUGGUGGGAACUAUGCUGUGGAUCUGAGCAGAUCAGGGAUGCAGGCCAAUUUUGCAUUGGAUUUUGAUGAGUGGACAAUUACGAUGGGGAAUGGGACGAAGGCUGGUAGUUAA